CGGACAUCUACCAUCUAUUAUUAUUUUACAGUUUAACGGUUUUUUUACUUUUUCAAAAACUGAAUGUGAAUGUUAUAAUUAGUGCUUUGUAUUAACAAAUACUAAAACUAAAAAUGGAUAGUUCUAUUUUGUCGGAAAAAUACAAGAUUCCUGAGAAAUGUAUCGAGAAGUUAGACGCAAGUGUUAAAAGACUUUCUCCAACUUACAGUACAGUACAUCUGGAAGAAGUUUUAAAGUCUUUUUUAAAACUUGGCAUAUUUAGUAAAGAAAACCAGCAGUAUUGUAGUGAUGUUAACUUCGUAACACCAAGUGAGUGUAAGUUUAUAAACUCACAAGAGAAGAGUUUAAAGCUGGGCACAUGGUCAUUCAAAUCCCAUUCUAAAAACAAAAAUGAUAUACUGAUUGGAUACUUAGAACUACUACCAUCACAUGGGGUUAUACUUUUGAGAGACAAAUCUUAUAAAAUCCCUUGUGCAAUAGCAUGUAAUGAAACGUCAAGUAUUUCUGCAUAUAUUGAUAAAUGUGUCAUAGUUAUAAACUACACAGUAUUUACUGAAUCAUAUAACAUUCCAAACCUUAAUGACUGUGAAUUCAUAUUCUUCAAAAUACAUGAUGUGGCGGUUGUAAAUAGUAACCUUUUGGGACCAGCAGAACCGGAAAAUAAAAGAUGUAAGGAAAUAUGUACUACAAGCCUUAGAUGCCGUAUUAUAAGAAAAUCUCCAGUGUGCCUUUCACAAAUCUGUAAUCCAGAAAUUUGGUUUGAAAUUGAAGUAAUUAUUCCUGACCAAUCUCCAAAAAAUGAAUUGCUUUGUUUAGGAUUAAAUUUGAUAAAAGAAGGAGUAUUACUUGAGAAGGGAAAAGAAUAUAUAUUUUUUUUUUCAAAACCAUGUGAACUUUAUACAAACUAUGAAAUUAAAAGGUUUAGACCAAACCUGCCUUCCAGAAGAAUAAAUGAUGCAUCAUUUUUUGUCGAAACAAUAAACUCCCAUAAAGACACUAGAGAUGUUGUUUUAAAUUUAGAUCAGGCUUUUGCCAAUUUAAAAACCAUGUCUUAUGGCACGAUAAUAUCCUUUCAAGGAAAGUUACACAACAAAAAGUUAGUCAGGCCUAAUAGUUCAAGGACCCAGUCGACAAACGUUGCUGGAUUUGGAACACCCGGCCUAGACACUCAUGUAUUGGAAUUUAAUUGUAAAGAUGGGCAACAAUUUAUUCUGUACUUGAAUAAUUGGGAAAGAAAUGCGAAGCCGUUAGGCUUAAUACCGGAAAUGGAAAUAUUAGUUAGAGAUGUUGCUGUUCAAAGCAACCGUUAUUACAAAUCGACUGUAUUUACUGAUUUUGAAGUAAAAGACUAUGGCCGAAACGUAAUAUUGAACUCAGUUCACUUGGACCCACAGGAAAACAUGCCUUCUAGAAAAAUAAAUGAUGCAUCAUUUUUUGUUGAAACAAUAAACUCCCUUAAAGACAGUAGAGAUGUUGUUUUAAAUUCAGAUCAGGCUACUGCCAAUUUAAAAGAAGAAAAGUCUCAUUCUGAAGGCAUAAGCGCCAGCAAAGAAAACAGUUCUAAUUCCAAAAACAGAAAAACUGAUUGUGGUUCAGGCACAAGAUUUGCAGAGGUGUUAGAUAUGCUGCAGUCCAUCAGUUCUAGCAAAGUUAGAAGAAAAGAAAAAAAUUCAACACCUUUGAAUUCUGAAAACUAUAAUAGUCAUGAGUUAAAAGCCAAAUCUUAUGGCACGAUAAUACCCUUUCAAGAAAAGUUACAUAACAAAAAAUUAGUCAGGCCUAAUAGUUCAACGACCCAGUCGGCAAACAUUGCUGGAUUUAGAACAUCCAGCCUAUUCACUCAUGUAUUGGUAUUUAAUUGUAAAGAUGAGCAAGAAUUUAAUGUGUACUUAAAUUACUGGGACAGAAAUUCGGAUCCGUUAAGCUUAAUACCGGAAAUAAAAACAUUAGUCAGAGAUGUUGCUGUUCAAAGCAACCGUUAUUACAAAUCGACUGCAUUAACUGAUUUUGAAGUAAAAGUCGAUGGCCGAAACAUAAUAUUGAUCCCGGUUAACUUGCCCCCACAGGAAAACAUAAAGAUAGGAAUUGACAGGCCUACUUUUCUUGGAUAUGGACAUAAGCUGCCCGAAAGGAUUACAAUUUUCGCCAGAUUUUCUGAAAUUGAAAUACGCUCGCUACGAAUUAAGAUUUCGUGUUCAAACUGUUUAACGAUUUAUUGUUCUUGUGGAAAUGCCGACAUUACAGUAAAUCUAAUGUGCUUCGUUUUUGACGGAUUCGGAAAAGCAGUUCUGAUUGCUAAUGAUUUAGAAUUUCUGAGGUUGGUUCUACAUAUUUCACAGUAUAGUUGGAAUAGUUGGUGUAAAGGUUUUAAGCUGUAUGGUCCUUUCAAUUAUAAUGGACAGUGUUCUCCAGAAGAAACGGGUGUUCAUGACAGGGACAUGUUUGCAAAAAAAUUGUAUACAUUGAUAACUAUCAUUAAUCGUGGUGUAACGAAUUCAUAUUCAAUAAAUGUGAAGUGUAGGAAAAUCGUGAGAAAGCAUGAUCCUCAGCAUGAAUAUUUGCCAAUGUUUUAUUGCUUGAAAGCAAGAAGAAGUUCCAGACAUCAAUAGAUAUUUUUUUUUAUUUUUACAUAAUUACUUAAGUUUAUUUUGACAAGUUUCUUUAUUAACAGGCGAAUUAUAUGACCGAAUUAGGUUUUUUCUUUGAAAUAAAUAUUUCUUCGAUCUUGUGAA